CUCUCUCUCUCUCUCUCUCUCUCUCUCUCUCCGUCCUUUCCCUUCAUCUUCGUACUCUCUUUUAUCCUCCCCCUUUUUUAUUGCUUUCUCUUUCUUCGCCUUCUUUUCCCUUCUUCCACCCUCGCUGCCUCCCUUUAUUUCUCCUCCCCCCGUCUCCUAGACCUUGCAGCGUCCCGUACCAAGCCGACUUUGCGAUCGCAGUCCACUACUGUACUCUACCACCCCCAAGACGGUCGCAAUCAAUCCUUCACCCGUCUAAUCAAUUCAUUACCGGGCCAAUUUCAUCAUGAGCUACAACGACUACGGCGCCAACCAGGGCGGCUACGGCCAGUAUAACCCCUACGGUGAUCAGGGCGGCUAUGGCCAGAACCCCUACGGCCAGGCCAACACCAUGGAACAGGGAAAUGGAAGCUAUGAGAUGAACCAGAUGGGCCAACAACAGCCCGCCGACCCCACCGCCCUCUUGAACAAGUGCCGAGAGAUCAACGAUGGCAUUGCCGACCUCCGUGCCAAGCGGGAGGGUCAACUCGCCUCCGCUCAGAAUGGCCUGCUCGACGCCAACACCGCCAAGGAGGAUCAGGUCGCCCAUCAGGGUCUGGACCUCAUCGAGGACGAGGUCAACAACGGUUUCCGCUACCUCCGCGACCUUCUCAAGAAGGUCAAGCAGACCCCCGGCUCCGGCGACUCCCGCGUCCAGACCCAGCUCGACGUCACCAGCCGCAACCUCCGCCGCGAAAUUGAGCACUACCAGCGAUCCCAGUCCGACUUUAAGAAGCGCCUGAGGGAGCAGGUCCGCCGCCGUUACGAGAUCGCCAACCCCGAGGCUACCCCGGAGGAGUUGGACCAGGGUGUGGAUAACGUCCUCAUGGGCCAGGAGCAGACUUUCCAGGUCUACGGCGCUCGCACCGGUCAAGCCCACGAUGCUCGCCAAGCCGCCUUGGAACGAUCGACCGCCAUUCGCAAGAUCGAGCAGGAUAUGAUGGAACUGGGUCGGUUGUACCAGGAAGUUGCGGAGCUGGUGCACCAGCAGGAGCCGGCCGUGGAGCAGAUCAACCAGGACUCGGAGAACGUCGCCGGCAAUGUCGCGGAUGCCAACACGCAGAUCACCCACGCCAUCGACAGCGCGCGUCGGGCACGAAAGUGGAAGUGGUAUGCGCUGCUUAUCGUCAUUCUCAUCAUUGCCAUCGUGGUCGGUGUGGCCGUUGGUGUGACGCAGGCCAACCAGAGUGCUAAGUCCAACUAAACUUGGAGAAUCCGUUCUCCAUUUGACCUCUCCGUCCCAUUCCACUCCCGAUCUUUGGCCGACAUCCGUGAUGGAUCGCCUUCCCUCCCCUGGUUCUCCGACCGUUCGCUCUCUUGAUUUCCUUGUGUACUUCUACCGUUGCUAUACCACGUGCUUGCCGUUUUCCUGUGUCUCCGUCUUGAAAAAGCUGGUCCCGCGUUAUCCCCCAUGCGUUGUCUUCUUUUUGAUUAUUUUCUUCUCUUUUCUCUCCUAACUAUUUAUGAUCCCGAUCGGUCCUGUAUAGCUCUUACAUCUUGGCUAUCGGCCGGUGACUUGAUGACCUGCGUCGCUGCUCGUGGGCUCGGAUGCGCAUGACGCUGCUGCUCAUGUAUAUAUUAGAGUUUCUUCGUUUAACCUUUUGGCGCUAGAAUUAUUAAUAUGCUUAAUCUAUCAUAAUGCUGAUUGA